ACACCUUUGUGAUAACCAUUUCCUCCCCCCGUCCUCUCUUAGACGAAACCCUCGUCUCCCAAAAAAGUACGGUAAGUGGCGACCGGAGCUUGCCGGCGAACACAUCGACAGAAUCGCUAGGGCGGUGCCGGCUGGCGGCGCUGCUCGGAACUGGAGGGCAGCCGAAGUCGUGACUGGAGAUUAUAUGCAUAUGCAUGCAGAUGCUCGAGUCGGAAACCAAUGUAAUUUAGGGUAACCACACUUCAAGAUGCACAAGGGAGCAUCACUAUAUGACGAUUCUCUUACCAGAACAGGUGAAAUAUUGACCCGGGGUUUCCUUCUCGACUCUAUAAGCACAGCACUGACUUUUGUAUUUGGCCACGAAAAUCAACAGAAUUCGAAAUCAUCUUGUUGGUCAUAUUUUGGUGAAAUUUGGCAGAAGUCUAGAAAAUCUGAGUAUAAGUUGAAUAGCUACAAGAGAGGUUUGUCUGCUGUGGAGGACAAUAACACAUCUAUCGACAUUGAAGAAAUAUCUCAAUCCUGUUUUGAUUCCACCAUUAAAAAAAUGCACACUGCAUCAUCUCCCAUCAAGAAUGGUUUUGUCUACAAAAGAAGGAAAAUGCAAAGGACUACUGUUGCACUUCUGUCAGGUGAAAAUGCAGGUGAGGUUACUGAAGAAAAUGCUCUAUCUGAAUUUACCCUCAGUUCCUCAGAUUAUCACUUGGCUCUGCACGAGGAUAGUUCUGAUGAUGUUCAAGCAGCUGUAUAUCUUUCUAGUGACUGUCAAGAUAAUGGAAGGCCAUCAUUUUCAGGAAGAAAUCAUCUUGUACACCCUACUGUUAAUUCACAACUUACUGAUCAUAAGAAUCUAGAAUCAAUUAAAACUUGCACAAACAAUCAUCAUGGUUCUGUUAUGGACGUGUCACAUUCUGUAGACGAUAAACUUUGCUGUUCUUCAACAGGAAACUGCAAUGCCAUUAAUGAUAUUCCGUGUGAUUCGAUUUUGACAGUGGGGGAAAACCAUGUUGGGGACUGUUCUACUUCUGGUGGUAUAUUCUUAGAAUCUCUUGAGAAGUUUGAAUCACCGGAGGAAAUGUGCAUAUAUGUUCUUAAAAGGCAUGGAUUGCUUGGAGACAGCAAUAGGAACGGUGCCUGUGUAUCAGCAGAAAACCUGGGUUCUAUUGGACCUUUGUUUUCUCCAUGCAAAAUCUGUGGUAUUUCUGAAAGUGCUCUAAAAAUGCUAAUUUGCGAUGAUUGCGAAGAAGCAUUUCAUUUGUCAUGCUGCAGACCAAAAAUAAAAAGGCUACCUAGGGAUGAAUGGUACUGUCAAUCUUGCUUCAUAAAGAAACGGAAACACCUACUAAGGAAGAAUAUGGGAACAUCAUCAGGUAAUGUGGGUGAUAUUUCUGAGAGUGGUGGUCCUAUAGCAUCCAUGUUGAGAGACUUACGCCCACAUAGAUCUCGAGUACGCAUUGGUGAGGAUUUUCAAGCUGAAGUUCCUGAUAGUCCUGACCCGUUCUAUAAUGCGGACGAUUAUUUUGGUGAGCCCAAGGAGAUGGAUCAUGCCGAUUAUUGUAGCUUUGAGGGUUGGAGUUGGAGCAAGUCAUCUAAAUCAUGUUCAAUUGGCAAUUGGUUACAAUGCAAAGAGGAAGAUGAUAAUGGUAAUAUAUGCGGCAAGUGGCGUAGGGCCCCAGUUUUUUCCGUUCAAACUGAUGAAUGGGAUUGUUCAUGUGCUGUCCUUUGGGACCCAAUGCAUGCUGAUUGUGCUGUGCCUCAGGAGUUAGAUACAGAGGAAGUUCUCAAACAUUUGAAAUAUGUUGAAAUGCUCAGGAGCCGUCUUAACAAUAGAAUGAAACCUGUUUGAGUCCAAAAGACUUCUGUAAUCUUGAAUGGAACACUCCAGUUAUCUGUGAGGUCAAAUGAACCUUUAGCUGGUCUGUCUGGAUCCUGUACAAAUUGACUUGAGAGCUGUUACAGGUUUUUGGAUUUUCAAUCAAAUUUCAUUUCAUCUUUGUUAUUGCUGCUCCAUCUUCUAUGUUAUUUUCUUUUAUUCCUUUUUUAGUUCUGUUCAAAUAUCAUUAAAAACACACACACAUAUAUUGGACCCAUAUGUAGGUUAUAUUUUUGGUGUGGCCUACUAUUUUUGAGUGCUGGACUUGAUGCUUUAACUUCUCAUCUCAUUUCAUUGUGUAUUCCUUGAGAAGAUUGAAACAUAUAUUGAAGAUGAAAUUUGCAAAAGAAAAAAAAUCAUUUUUUCAAUGGCCUAAUGAUUACAUUGUGUAUAUUGGAUGGUAUUUAUUUAGCAUUUGCUUAGGUGAGGGUUUUGUAACUUGGACAAAGCCGCAAUCAUUAUAUCAAUUGCUUGUUUGUUUGUAUAAAGGGUUGUGAGGUUAUUUAAAUUAGAGGUGUCAACGAGCCGAGCUCGAGUUGUUCGAUAUGCCAAUGAGCACCAAUUUUUUUUGUUUUUGCUUAGCUCGUUAAUUUAUUAGGUCAAAUAAGGGUUGUUCAUG